UCGCGCAUUUUCCAAAGGAUUUUCCAAGUGCUAGUGCCAUUUUCAUUUACCCGUUCUGUUUGCUUGUGAAUUUAAAUUUUCUCCGUGCGAUAAUAAUAUUUGCUCAUCGGAAGGGUAAUCUCUUAAGCUAUAAACAUGUCCAAAGCUGCUCUGUCGGCGUUUGCUGUCGCUGGAGCACUAUGGGAUGUUGAUGAAAGAUCUGUGGAUAAUAGUGGAGGUUAAAGGGCCACUGAAACAGCAAUACUCUAACAAAGGUUGAAUUGGUGGACUGUUAUAUCAGUCAGGCUUUUGAAUAGAGGUUUUAGCAAAUUUCAUGUUUCUGGUUCUUUGCUGCUGAAGAAAGAGAAAUGUCUUAUCGUAAUCAAUACAGCGGAAGCCCUUGGCAACAGGGUGGUCCCCCAUUUGGUGUUGGUGGCUAUAAUCAAAAUUAUGGUGGGUAUAAUGAUCAGUAUGGAGGAGUUUCCAUGAUGAAUACUGGCUAUAAUCGCAACCAAGGUGGCUAUGGGGGUGGCAUGUAUGGUGGUAGUGGUAUGGGCAAUAUGAGAAAUAUGGGUUAUGGUGGACCAUCUCAGUCACGCCACUAUAUGAAUGAUAGGAUGAGUGGAAGAUCUCUUCCACGAGGACAGUUGCUUCGCAAGCGCUUGCCCCAGAGAAGUCCAGCCAGUGGUCCACGUUCAAAGCGACCAAACAUUGAAAGUGAUAGAAGGUCAGUUAAGUCUCGCCGCCAUCGUGAUUCUAGGGGUGGAUCGAAGAGUCGUCAUGAUCGUAGUGAUGAAGAAGAUGAUACUUACAAUCCUGAAGAGCCUACAGAUGAUGUUUCUGAUGUGGAAUUUGAAUCAUUUGAAAUUUGGAAAUGUUCUGAUGAAGAUGAAGCUGAAGAAAAACCUGAGACUAAGCAGAAUGGUGAGCAAGAAACUGAAACAGCUGAAGGUGGGGACAAAGAGGCUAAAAAAUCAACUGAGGAUGCAGCAGCAAAAAAAUUGCAUCUUUGCUAUGUUUGCAAAGUUAAAUGUUCUUCAAAAGAAGUGUUGGAAAAGCAUAAUAAAAGCAAAACCCAUACUGAUAAAAUUGAUGAACUGUUAGCUAUUAGAAAGGAAAAGAAGAAAGAUAGUUCAGAUGAAAAAAAGGACUCUGAGCAGGAUCGUAAGAAAUCGAAUCGCAAACCUGGUAGUUGGUGCACAGUUUGUGAAUGUGCUUUUAAUGGAAAUUUUCUUGCUCAUCGUAGAACAAAAGAACACCGCAAGAAAAGGGAUAAGAAAUACCCCAAGUGCCGCCCAUGUAGAAUGGGAUUCAGCAGCUCUGAAGAAUACAGAGAUCAUUAUAAGAGUGAAGAUCACAAACAAAAAUCAGCAGAAUUCCAUUAUUUGAAGAAUUUGGCUUCUGGAUCUGAUGAAGAUGAAGCUGCAAUUGAACCUGUGAAGAUUAAAGAGGAGGAAGAAGAAGUUGAGAAAAUGGAAACAGAAACAAAAAUUGAAGUUAAGGAAGGUGAAAAUGCUGAAGCUAAAGAGCCAGAAAAAGAUGGGGAAGCAACUGAAGAUAAAGAUAAAGAAGACAAAAAGGAUGACAAAGAAGAAAAGAAAGAAGUUAAGAAAUCCAAACCUAAAGAGCCAAAAUCAGUUGGUCAGUCUUUCGUUGUAUCUGUACAAGGUUAUUAUUGUAAACUCUGUCAUAAAUUCUUCAAGGAUGUUUCUGUUGCAAAAUCGAAGCAUUGUCGAUCUAUAAUGCAUACAGAAGCAUUUAAAAAAGCUAUGGAGGAAGCAAUUGAACAAGAAGAAGAAAGGCAAAGACUUGCAGAAGAACAAGAUAAGCAAGACAGAGAGGCUGCAGAAGCUGCUGAGCGUGCUGCUGAAAUUGCAGCUAUUGAGCGUGCUGCAAAAGAAGCCUUGAAGAAAGAAGCUGCAGCUAAAAGAGCAGGAAAUAAAAAAGAUCAAGAUGUUGAAAUGAAAGAAGCUUCAGAUGAUGCUUCUAAGAGUGAAUCAGUUAAAGAAGAAAAAAGUGAAGAAGCCCCUGAAGAAACAAGUACUGAAAAUGGAGUGAAAGAUGAUGAAGAGAAAGAUGAUCUUGAGGAGACGGAUGAUGGUAAAGAUGAAGCAUCUGAUGAUAAAUCCAAAGAAAGUGAGUCAGUAAAAGAAGAAGUACCUGAAGAAGAACAAGAAGAAACCAAAGAAGAGGUUACAUCAAGUCCAGCAACUAGACGAGGCCGUGGUCGAGGUAGGGGCCGCAAGAGGCGCUAGAUAUUUUAACCAGAUAGCUGCACAAGAGCAAUCUCUGGGUCAAAUAAUCAGUUUAGUAUCUUGACACACAUAAUCUAUGCAACAUUAUAUGGUGGUAUAAAUAUGAUAAUAAAUGUUUUUUGUGACUGAGUAUGUGAUUAACAAAUGCAAAACAAGAUUUUUAAUGUGAACCUUGUUUUAUCACUUCAUUUUAUUAAUUUUCUCAUGGGACAUUAUCACAGCUAAAUGUGAAAUGUAGUAGACUCUCUGUGGUUCAGGAAAAUCAGCAUUUAAUUGCAACUAGCAAAUUUUAAAUUUUGUUUCAUGUUUUUGUUUGCAUAGUCAUUCAUUCCAUUAUAUUGUUUUUGAAACAUCACCAGUGCUGAAAUCAGACAAGUGUGUUGUUUCUUGUUUCUGUAAUGUUGCAUGAAUCAUCUGUAGCUUUUAUAAAGAAAUCUGGAAUGAAAUUGGAUUUUGUUAAUUCUCAUUUAUUGGUGAAACUUCUAAAGCUGUACAAUAUUGCUUACAACAUUUUUGUGAAUUGUGAAAAGAUAUCAACUAUCUAGAUGUCAGCUUUUCAUCAAAAUUUUUUUAUGAAAUAUAGUAUUAAAUAAAUAACUUUUAAAUGUGAA